GAUUUUUUAAAAAAGGAUCUGAAGAUGAACCACACUGGCGUGCUGUGCAAAAAUAACCAGACAUACAACUUUACUGAUCAGUCAUGUCAGAACUCAACUGCACCGCCUUACAGCCACAUCGACAUCACCACUUUCAUGCACAUUUUCCCUUCGAUUUAUGGCAUCCUGUGCUCGGUUGGAGUUAUAGCCAACGGGCUGGUGAUCUACGCGGUGGCAGCGUGCAAGAAGAAGAUGGUCUCGGACAUCUACGUGCUCAACUUGGCGAUUGCAGACAUGCUCUUCCUGCUUGUGAUGCCCUUCAACAUCCACCAGCUGGUCAGGGACAGACAGUGGGUUUUCGGAAACUUCAUGUGUAAGGCGGUAGUGGUGGUGGAUGUGAGCAACCAGUUUACCACAGUGGGAAUAGUUACUGUGUUGUGCAUUGACCGGUACAUCGCAAUCGUCCACCCGAGCUCGGAGAAGAGGACCGUGCAGUGGACCAUCAUCAUCAACCUGCUGGUGUGGCUGGGCAGCUUGCUUCUCACCGUGCCGGUCAUGAUAUACGCCAAGGUGGUCCGCAGGCAGCACUUGGAGAUUUGCAUGAUGUACCUGGACGGGCCUGAAGACAUGUACUGGUACACUCUCUACCAAUCCAUCCUGGGCUUCAUCAUCCCCCUCAUCAUCAUCAGCACCUUCUACUCGCUGACCCUCUACCACGUCUUCAGCUCCAUCCGCCGGGUCAAACGGAAGCAGUCGGUGUGGGCCAAAAGAGCCACCAAGAUGGUCCUGAUGGUCAUCGCCCUGUUCCUGAUCUGCUGGUCGCCGUACCACGUCAUCCAGGUCAUCAACCUGAGCAACAACACGCCCACCAUCACCUUCAUCUACGCCUACAACAUCAGCAUCUGCCUCAGCUACUCCCACAGCUGCAUCAACCCGCUCAUGUUGCUCAUCUUCGCCCAGAACUACCGCGAGCGUCUGUGCCGCCGGAACGCGCUGCACAGCUCCCAGCACUCGUCCAAGGUCACGGUGGUCAAAACGGACGGUUCCAGUACGACGAACGACCCCAACUAUCGCUGCACCGUCAUCUAAUCGGAAGUUACAGACACAAGUUAAUGGAAGUAGCUCGAACGAAUGGUGACGCCUGUGAAGUGAUUUUUUCCAUUUUUUAAAAUAUAAAUAGGUUUGAAAAACAUUGAUACCACGUAAAAAAAAAGACCCUGAAACAUGAGCUCCACUACUGAAAAAAAAACAACCAAAUAAAAUGCAGGUCAUGUGAUUCGUUUGUCUUUGGGACUUGGAGCUUUCAUUAACCUUUAUCAAACAUCGGCUACACCCAGCGUCACGCUGCUCUGCGACAACACCGAAGUGCAGCUUGUGAGAUCUAUCAGAGGCAAACAUUUGAGGGCGUGAAAUGUUGUGAUGCCUUCGCUAUAGGUGGGAGUGAGAGCGUUUGCCAGCUUCCACAGGGCUCAUGGUGAAGCUUAAUUCCACUGCGUGAGUUGUUUGAUGGAUUAUUUAGACUGAACAGAUGAACUGCACCGAGACAACUUUCUAAAAAUGACCAUUUUAUACAGGGGUGUAUGAUUUGCAGUUGCUUUAAUAAUGCAUAAGUUACUCCAUAGACCAGCUAUGAGCAGUUGCAUUUAUCCAUUUUUGUAAUAAAGCAGUUAUAAAUGCUUGUAGUCCUUUAUAGUUUCCCACUUUGAGUUGUUACAGUUAAUUAAUUAAAGGGUUGCAUUUGUGGGUGAAAACCAGGCAGUGGUAGUUUUCACACUCUGACAACCCAAAUUUAAUUAUUUUUUAAAUCAUUGUAUAAAGCACGAGUGAACCACGUAUCACCCAUGGCCACAAACGGUAAACCUUUGUGCCGUAUGAUUGUGAUAUGACAAGCAAAUGUAAUUUUUUACAGCAUUUUCACGGUCGUCAGACAUCAGAGAAACCGCACAGUUGUUUGUUUUUCUUGGAUUAGUAAUUCUCAGUCGGCAUGUUUAAAGUCUGUUAACAUAAUUGCAGAUGGCUGACUGCUGUACAGAGCGCUGUAUCUCACGAGUGUUCCCUAACGACUGGCGUGCAGCUAAUAACGGAUGCGAACAGUUAGCACACAGUUUUGAUGAAAUGUGUUUGUCGUAAAUGUCGUAUUUAAAGAGAGUUUUCGUCUAUUGCGGAUUCCAAGUGUGAGUUGUUUUUUUUUUUUUUUUGCUGUUCCUGGACUCUGCAAAAAC